GCGCUUUUGGCCCUGCGGAGCCGCCGUCGCGGGGGUCACGUGGUUGGCGGAGCUACCCGGAAGUGGCGGCGCGGGGCGAUGGAGGGGACCCUGGAGCAGCACCUGGAGGAGACCAUGAAGAGCCCGGCCGUGGUGGGAGUGCUGUGCACCGACUCGCAGGGGCUGAACCUGGGCUGCAGAGGGACCCUGUCGGACGAGCACGCCGGAAUCAUCUCCGUGCUGGCCCAGCAGGCGGCCAAGCUCACCUCCGACCCCACCGACACUCCCGUGGUGUGCCUGGAGUCGGAUAACGGGAACAUCAUGAUCCAGAAGCACGACAGCAUCACCGUGGCAGUGCACAAGCUGCUGUCCUGAGCCCUGGGAAGCAGCUCCACUCCCAGCUCCUCCUCCCUGCACUGCCACGCUCCCUUUGGAGCUCCACACCCAGGAUGAAGGCUCUCCCUCCCCUCUCACCAGCUCCUGGCAGCUCCCGGGUCUCCAGCUCACAUUUCAGCCCUUGUGCUGCUGAGGAUGAUCCGUGGGCAUGGCCCCAGGCCCUGUAAUGAGCAGAUCCUCCCUGCUGUAUGUGGGGGGCCUCGUUUGUCAGAGAAAUCAAUAAAUGACCUGUAAAAAACCUUC